AUGUGGGUGAUAUUUUUUACCAUAUUUUAUUUAUUUAAGUGUACUGAUGCCAGUAAUAAUACAUUUGUGUUUACGCCAAAAAUGGCGCAAGCUUGCAAAGAACAUAUUUGCAAAGACGGUUACACAUAUAAGACUAUUUAUAGGGUUGAUAACGAAGAAUUAAAAGAAAUAAGAAAGGACUCUGAUAUGGCUUUCGAAAUGCAUUUAGGUAUACAAGCUAUGAGUAAUGGUCAUAUUUUGUUGUCAUCUACUGAGAGACCUGGAUACAGCGAUCCUGUGUACGAAAUCGUUGUUGGCGGCGGUGGCAAUCGGUUUACGGAACUAAGACGUCACUUGAAAAGAGACGGCAAAGUAUCUGUCAAAACACAAAAUAUACUGUCUACAUUUGAGAUGAGAGGUUUUUAUAUCAAAAUUAGUCAAGAGGGUCUAGUAGAGUUCGGAAAGGAGGGUGAAGUUCUACCUAUAUUGUCGUACAACGACGUAAGCCCUCUUGAAAUUAAGUACUUUAGCUUUGCUGCUUGGUCGGGUGUUGAAGCAAAGUUCCUGUACGAUUGUCCUAUACCUACCAGCGGUGGAGGCGAAAUACCAGCAUCCUCUACAGAAAUUGACCAACAGAUUUCAAUGUCAGAUCGAUUGAAGAGGGAUAUCUUACUGUACAAGCUUCCUUGGAUACCUCCAAGUCCAACUAUGAACGUGAGAUUAGGGAUCAAAGUCACAAGUGUAAAAUACAAUGCAUUCAGCUCAAAACUAGUCACUGGAAUAUCAGGAGUCAUCAGCUGGACAGAUGACAGCAUGGCGUGGUACCCUGCAAAAUAUAAUGGAACGAAGCGUCUCAAAUUUCGGCAGGGACAAAUAUGGCAUCCUAAAUUUCAUGUCUUCAAUUCCAACGACCAGGAUAUACUUGAAGGAAGAAACUCAGAACUAAUUACAAUGGAAUCCAGUGGUGAGGCAACGUUUCAUUUUCAAACAAGAGUAUUAACGUGGUGCUAUUAUUACGGCGUCAGCAAAUGGCCGUCCGAUGAAUACGACUGUUCAAUAGUUAUUCAACCAUGGGAGGUUCACGAUAAAAUCACAAUCAAUAUUAUGGAGCCCUAUGACAAUAAGAUGCAAAUCUUUUCAGACAUGGAUGCAACAGUGAGAAACGAAUGGGAAACAAGCACAAAUCAGUUAGUGAUUACACCCACAACAUGGGAUUCGGUUUACUUACCGAAUGACAACCUAACUCAUCAGAGCGAUAGGCUCAUCAUCAAAUUGAGUCUUAGGAGAUCAGCUACACCUUAUAACAUCGUAUUCUAUACACCUUUAUUAGUGUUGGUAAUGUUUGUUCUCUUAUCCUUUUGGAGCGAGCCUCUGACUAUGAGCAGAGUCUGGUACUUCGCCGGAUGCAGCAUCAUCGUAUGUAUGGGUCUCUGUUACAUCGACUACUUGAUACCAUGUCACAACAUGCCUUCUAUUUUGGUCCUCUACACCGUUGUUUUGGGAGGUGUACUCUUAGCAUUGUUGAUACAAGUUCUGCUGAUAACCACGACUAUGGAGAAAAUAUGCAACUCAGACACCAUGCAACGGGUAUUCACAGGGCGCAUCUUUCGAUUCAUAUUUUGUUUACCAGCUUACAAGGUACUUGUUAAUGGAAGUUACAUUAUCCAAGAAGACGAAGAGCCAACCUCAACCAGAGGUUCAGACGUAGAAGAGAUGGAGAGUGAGACCCAGAGAACAUAUUGUGAUAAAAGAGAACUAGCGGAAGUUAUUGAUAGAGUAAUGUUUAUUGUCUAUUCCAUUACUUUUGCUGUUAUGUUAGCGGAUCAUUUUUAA